CUGACCUUUACGGUUAACGUAGAGUAGUGAACGCAACGGAGGCUCUAUGGACACAUCCUUCUCGUAAUAUGAGAUGUUGCGCUUUCCAUCGCGAUUUUUCUGACCGUGAGUCAAAAGAAGACGCGCGGAGGAUUGUAGAGAGUCAUGCGCGGUCCUCCACGAAGGUCAAUUGUCGUGUGGCUGACUCUAGCGUUCUUUUUACUUUUCGUUUGUCGAUUAUUGCUCGAUCGCGGUUAUCGUCUUCAUUUACUCUCAAUCGAGAACUCGAAAGAGCAAUCCUAUUCAUUGUCCGUUAGGAAAAAUCGGGCGCAAUCAUUGAAUUAUCGAGAAAAUGUUCAAGGCGGAACGUCCGCGUAUAUCGCUGGCGCAUACAUGGCCGACCGGUCAUCUGGAAAUGGAAGUUCUUGCAUCUGGUAUUAUGGCUUACCGCAUUCCCUCUCAUAUCCUUCCUCCAAGAUAAGCUGGACACCGGAGAUCGGCGAGAAGAGUCCGUAUAGAGUACUGCCCUACGUUUUACGUGGCAGAGACGUCGACAGAGAGGAUGCACCGCCGAUAACUCUAUGCACUCACGCGACGGCCGACCAAGUUUACGGCAUCGUCGAACUCGCCCGCAGGUGGGAGGGACCAUUGAGCCUGGCCGUUUUCGCGCCCGGCCUCGACGCCGGCCUGGCCGUCGCUCUGCUCGAUCGUGCUUGUCGAUGUGAAACAGCCAUGUCCAAGGUAUCCGUCCAUUUAAUAUUUCCUGCGGGAAGAGUACCCUCGCUCGGUCGACCGUAUCAAGAGCAAGCCGAUUGUACAGCGUCGGAUUUACAAUGGCGAGAAACGGAGACCGAAAGAUGGAAGAGCGGCAUGACGUAUCCUAUUAAUGUUGCCAGAAACGUGGCUAGAACGUCGGCUAAUACCGCUCGCGUUCUCGUGUCCGACAUUGAACUGCUACCUAGCGAGAGAUUAGCCUCUGGCUUUUUAUCUAUGGUCCAUGGUAGACCGCCUAAACUUGGUGUCGUCUUUGUUCUACCAGUUUUCGAAAUCGAUGCGAAUGAGCAGCCCCCAUCGAAUAAAAGGGAACUCCUCUCUGCGGCUAAAGCUGGCUUGGCUGUUUACUUUCAUAGAUUCCUGUGCCCGCAUUGCCAAAGAUUUCCGGGCUUAACCAGAUGGAUGGUAAGGACAGAUCCAGGGAAGGUCAGGCCUCUCAUCAUAACCCGUAGAGAGUAUCCGCAUCAUAGAUGGGAGCCCGUUUUCAUAGGCAUGCGAGAAGAUCCGCUUUAUACAGAAAAUAUGUCUUGGGAAGGUAAACAGGACAAAAUGGCUCAGAUGUUCGAGAUGUGUCUCUUAAAUUAUCGCCUAGUCGUACUCGACGGUGCCUUUUUAGUACAUACACCUGGAAUUAAGCGCAAACCACAGAUUAUUAGUGCAGCGAGACAGGAAUUUUUGCGUCCUCAUGAAAAAAAAAAUGCAAAACUUUAUCAACGAGUCGUUAAGAGAUUGCUCGCGCAAUAUCCAACGAAUCGUAAAUGCACCCAGUGAUUGCAUCGAGAUAUUCAUUUUACAAAUGAAAUAUUUAACAAUGAGAUAUUUUUUAACGUUUGCGAUACAUCGUCGAUCAUAACGUUACAUCUGUCUUUAUAUAGCGCGCGUUGAAAAGUAUUUUAUCUCGGAUCAAUUAGAUAGGAAUAAUAUACGCAAUAAAUCAAUGAUAUCCUGAAAUAAUGAACAACUAUUAAGAAUACAUUAACAAUAGCUGAUAAAUAAAACGUUAUGUGUAUCUGCAUCAUGAUAAGAUCAUAAAUUCUAUCCAAUAAAAUAUCCUUUGUAUCAUUCGAUUAUUGCCCGUACAGGGAUAAAACGUAUUUAAAAAUGUAA